AUGGACAUGGAGAUGGUGAAUGGACAUGAGCUGGAGAUAGAGCCAAAAACAGGAACAGACACAGGGCUGGAGCUAGAGCCAGGGACAGGGAACGGCACAUGGCUGGAGCUAGAGUCAGAGACAGGGAACGGCACAUGGCUGGAGCUAGAGUCAGAGACAGGGAACGGCACAGGGCUGGAGCUAGAGUCAGAGACAGGGAACGGCACAGGGCUGGAGCUAGAGUCAGAGACAGGGAACGGCACAUGGCUGGAGCUAGAGUCAGAGACAGGGAACGGCACAGGGCUGGAGCUAGAGUCAGAGACAGGGAACGGCACAGGGCUGGAGCUAGAGUCAGAGACAGGGAACGGCACAGGGCUGGAGCUAGAGUCAGAGACAGGGAACGGCACAGGGCUGGAGCUAGAGUCAGAGACAGGGAACGGCACAUGGCUGGAGCUAGAGUCAGAGACAGGGAACGGCACAGGGCUGGAGCUAGAGUCAGAGACAGGGAACGGCACAGGGCUGGAGCUAGAGUCAGAGACAGGGAACGGCACAUGGCUGGAGCUAGAGUCAGAGACAGGGAACGGCACAGGGCUGGAGCUAGAGUCAGAGACAGGGAACGGCACAGGGCUGGAGCUAGAGUCAGAGACAGGGAACGGCACAGGGCUGGAGCUAGAGUCAGAGACAGGGAACGGCACAGGGCUGGAGCUAGAGUCAGAGACAGGGAACGGCACAGGGCUGGAGCUAGAGUCAGAGACAGGGAACGGCACAGGGCUGGAGCUAGAGUCAGAGACAGGGAACGGCACAUGGCUGGAGCUAGAGUCAGAGACAGGGAACGGCACAGGGCUGGAGCUAGAGUCAGAGACAGGGAACGGCACAGGGCUGGAGCUAGAGUCAGAGACAGGGAACGGCACAUGGCUGGAGCUAGAGUCAGAGACAGGGAACGGCACAGGGCUGGAGCUAGAGUCAGAGACAGGGAACGGCACAGGGCUGGAGCUAGAGUCAGAGACAGGGAACGGCACAGGGCUGGAGCUAGAGUCGGGGACAGACACAGGCACAGGAAUGGAGCUAGAGUUAGGGACAGACACAGGCACAGGGAUGGAGCUAGAGUUAGGGACAGACACAGGGCUGGAGCUAGACUUAGGGACAGACACAGGGCUGGAGCUAGACUUAGGGACAGACACAGGGCUGGAGCUAGAGUUAGGGACAGACACAGGGCUGGAGCUAGAGUCAGGGACAGACACAGACACAAGGCUGGAGCUAGAGUUAGGGACAGACACAGGUCUGGAGCUAAAGCCAGGGACAGGGAAGUGCACAGGUCUGGAACUAGAGCCAGGGACAGGGAAGAGCACAGGUCUGGAACUAGAGCCAGGGACAGGGACAGGUACAUGGCUGGAGCUAGAGUCAGGGACAGGGACAGGUACAUGGCUGGAGCUAGAGUCAGGGACAGGGACAGGUACAUGGCUGGAGCUAGAGUCAGGGACAGGGACAGGUACAUGGCUGGAGCUAGAGUCAGGGACAGGGACAGACAUUGGGCUAGAUCUAGAACCAGGGAAAGGACAGACCCAGGAAUUAUAG